CCUGAAUCCUAGCUGGUGCGUCAGACUUGGCCUGCGCUGGUGUGCAUUGUGCGGUGUCAUCCCUAUGAUUGGCUGGCCGCCUUCCAGGCAUGCAUUACGCGAAGGAUGCUUUCUUGAUGGGUAUCUGGAUCAAGAGAGAACAUGCAGGCGGCAAUUCCUGCGGACGCGUUUGUCAUUGGUAUGGCUAGACUUGACAAUUAACAUUCUGCAGCCAAUGACCCCUCCUCCUGGAAGAUAGGCUGGGACCCUUCCGCAGUACAUGCUGACAUGUCCUUUAUAGCCAAAGAAUUGAAUCGAGGCAGUUGGGUACACAAAUGAGAAAUAGGGUUUAGACGCUGCUGGUCACUUCGACCCAGCCCGUUGGGUGUGUUUUCAGGGGGCUGAAUUCAGUCAGGAAAGGGGUUUGUGAUAUGCCCCCGGCCAUGGCGAUGUCUCUCUCUAUCGAUGUUGGGUCAGACCCCGGACUCAGCAAUGGGGAAGCGACGCCCGGGAAGAUGAAAAGCCCUAGAGAUCUGGAGGAGAUGACUCCGAAUGGGUCCCGCAUCAGCCUGAAUGGGGGCUCAGAGUUGUCGGAUGAGAGCGAACUUGAAGUCACUCCAAUUGCGAGCCGGAGGGACUCGAACAACGCAGACGAGGACAGCGAUGUUGAGGAAAAGACGAUCGACAGCUCUCAGUACGCGUCGCCGCAGAGGGGCACCUUCACAUCGGCCGCCGCUGCCGAGGUCACGAACUUGCCGAUCCUGGAAAAGUUCCAGGUGGAGGCGUUUUUACGGCUUCUUCAGAAGCAAGGGGGCCGGAGGUCGCUGUUCAGCCGCAAGAAGGACCCGUCGAGCAAUGCCGCUUUUACCGUGGAGGACAUGCUGUCUUUCUCAAAGGACCCAAUCCCGACGUCGCUAACUAGGAUGAGCAGCGACUUGGCGAGUCGCGCGGUCAAGAUGUUCCUGAUCAUCCUCAAGUACAUCGGGCAGGGCGGGGCUGACCUCACGGAAGCAGAGCGCACGCAGCUGGUGCUCAAGCUGUACAAGCACACGCUGCGCCGCCUGGAGCUGCGCGAUGAGCUGUUCGCGCAGCUCACGAAGCAGCUGCGGAACAACCCCCACCGGCUCUCCUCCCUGCGCGCAUGGGAGCUCCUCAACCUCAUCGGCGCCGCCAUGCCCCCCGGGAAGGAGCUCGCGGGUUACAUCUCCGAGUUUGUCCACGAGCACGCGCACGACCAGAACCUUGACCCCGAGAUCCGGACGGCGGCGCUUGCCACGUGGCAGACCCUGAAGCGCUCCGUCAAGGCGGGGCCCCGAAAGGUCGUGCCGACGGCGGAAGAGGUCGAUGCGCUCAAGGAGCGGAAGCACCUGACGACCAUCGCCUUCUUCCUGGACGACACGUUCGAGGAGCUGACGUACGACAUGACGACCACCGUCGCGGAGGCUGUCGAGGAGCUCGCGGGGAUCAUCCGUCUGAAGCAAUUCCACACUUUUUCGCUCUUCGAGUCGCGUCGGGUGAUCUCGGCCGGGAAGGCGGCGGAGCCCUCACAAGACGAGCACAUUUGCCUGGACGAGAACAAGUACGUCGGUGACCUGGUUGCUGAGUUCCGGGCAGCCAAAGAGAAGUCGAAAGGCGGGGAGAUGAUCCAGUGCAAGCUGGUGUUCAAGAAGCGGCUGUUUCGGGAAACGGAUGAGGCGAUCACGGACUCCGUCUUCGUCCAGCUGUCGUUCGUCCAGGCCCAGCACGACUACCUGCUUGGCAAUUAUCCGGUGGGGCGGGAGGACGCCGCACAACUGUCAGCGCUUCAGAUCCUUGCGGAGAUGGGCCCGCACCCCAACCCCGAGUCCUCAUGGGACUGGGGCUUGAUGGUCGACCGGUGUCUACCUCGCCAGGUGCUCCUGACCCGGCCCAAGAAGGAGUGGGAGACUGACGUGCUGACUCGAUUCAAGGGGAUGAUCCAUCUUGGCAAGGACGACGCUCGCCAGCAGUUCCUACGCAUCCUGCGCGCUCUACCGUACGGAAACUCGGUCUUCUUCAACGUGAAGCGGAUAGAGGACCCCAUUGGACUGCUUCCGGGAAAGCUCAUUCUGGGGAUCAACAAGCGGGGGGUGCACUUCUUCCGGCCGGUCCCGAAGGAGUACCUCCACUCGGCGGAGCUGCGCGACAUCAUGCAGUUCGGGAGCAGCAGCACAGCAGUGUUCUUCAAGAUGCGGGUCGCGGGAAUCUUGCAUAUCUUCCAGUUCGAGACGAAGCAAGGGGAGGACAUCUGCGUCGCGCUGCAGACGCACAUCAAUGACGUCAUGCUGCGCAGGUAUGCAAGAACCCGGGCAGCGCAGGCGGGCGGUCCGCCAGCUCCGGAUGCCAUGGAAUCCGCUGCCGCCGCGCGGGCGGGGGGUGCAAAGGUUGCGGACGAGGGGGCGCCGGUGACGGCGACCCCGCGCGCGAAUGAGAUGUACGAGAAGCAGAUCCAGGAGAUGAUGGACCACGUGGUGGCAAAGGACGCCAAGAUCUGCUCGUUGGAGACGGAGCGGGGCACGCUGGAGGCGCAGUUGCGGCGGGUGACGGAGCAGUGGGAGGACCUGCGAGACCAAUUGAGUGCGGAGGAGUCGACGCACGCGGAGCUGGAGAAAGAGCGAGACUCGCUGAGGAAGGCGAUCGAGGAGAAGGAUAACCAGAUCCAGGCGGCCAACGCAGCAGCCCUCGCCGCCGAGGCUAAGGUCGCGGCCGCGCUCGCUUCCGCCCCUCCUUCCGGCGUCUCCACGGAACUCAUAACGGAAGCGGAUUCCGUCGUUCCGCGCGAGCCGACGGCAGCCACGCCGGAGAGCACUCCGGAAAAGGCCAAAAAGGGCGCGGCGGCGGACCGGCUGAUGCGCGCGAGCAUCAAGCGGGACUCGCCCGCGGGGGCGGACUACGUGGCAAAAGUCCGGGCGCUGGAGACGCAGAUGAAAGACCUGAAGACGGACAUACGAAAGAAGGACGAGGAGAUUCGGACGAUGGACGCAGCGAACAAGAAGACGUCGCAAGCGAAGCAACUGGCGGAACAAAAGCUGGCGCGGCUUGAAAAGUCAAAAGUAGAGGGGAGCAAGGCGCUGGAGACGAAGUAUUUGGCGGAGCGUGAUGAGUUGCGCGAGCGGCUGGCCGUUGCGGAGCGCAAGCUGGCAGAGCAGGCGCAGGCGGUGGCGGCGCUCGAGACGCAGCUCGCGGGGCGCAUGGCCGAGAUCGACGCGAUGGCCAACGACAUCAAGGAACUGGACGAGCUGCGGGAGAUGAAGGAGGACGUGGACCGGAAGAACGAGCAGACGGCGAUGCUGCUGAAGGGCCAGGCGGAGCGGCUGACGCAGCUCGAGGGGCUCUACCGGGACGAGCAGGUGCUGCGGAAAAAGUACUUCAACCAGAUUGAAGACAUGAAGGGCAAGAUCCGCGUGUUCUGCCGGUUCCGCCCGCUGAGCGGAAAGGAGUCGGCGGAAGACCAGAAGAUGGUCGUCACGGCUCCCGACGAGUUCACGGUGGAGCACCCGUGGAAGGACGACAAGCCGAAGCAGCACCAGUUCGACCACGUGUUCACCGACGCCGCCACGCAGGACGCGGUCUUCGAGGACACCAAGUACUUGAUCCAGAGUGCGGUGGACGGGUACAACGUGUGCAUCUUCGCCUAUGGCCAGACGGGCAGCGGCAAGACGUUCACGAUCUACGGCACGCCCGAGAACCCCGGCCUGACGCCGCGCGCGAUGCGCGAGCUGUUUGAGAUUAUGCAGCGCGACGGGAACAAGUACUCGUUUGCACUCAAGGUGUACAUGCUGGAGUUGUACCAGGACAACUUGCAAGACCUGCUGCUGCCGAAGAAGGCCCCCAAGGAGCCCAAGAAGCUGGAGAUCAAGAAGGACGCCAAGGGCAUGGUGGUCGUCGAGGGCGCCACCCUAGUUUCCGUCGCGUCGAUCGAGGAACUAGAGGCGACGGUGAAACGCGGCCAGGAGAAGCGCCACAUCGCGGGGACGCAGAUGAACACGGAGAGCUCACGGUCGCACCUCGUGCUGUCGAUUAUCAUCGAGAGCACGAAUCUGCAGACGCAGGCGCUCGUGAAGGGGAAGCUGAGCUUUGUGGAUUUGGCAGGGUCGGAGCGGGUGAAAAAAUCGGGGUCGACGGGAGAGCAGCUCAAGGAGGCCCAGUCCAUCAACAAGUCGCUGUCAGCGCUCGGUGACGUCAUCUCGGCGCUCGCCACGGAGGAGGCGCACAUCCCGUACCGCAACCACAAGCUCACCAUGCUCAUGAGCGACUCGCUAGGAGGAAACGCCAAGACGCUGAUGUUUGUGAACGCGUCCCCCGCCGAUACGAACGUGGACGAAACGCACAACUCGCUCAUCUACGCAACCCGCGUGCGCUCGAUUAUCAACACUGCCACCAAAAACAUCGAAUCGAAGGAGAUCCUGCGGUUAAAGAAGCAAAUAGCCCACUGGAAAGAGCAGGCCGGAAAGAAGCCAGAGGAGGAGGACUUGGACGAAAUUGAGGACAAGAAGUCGACCGCAAGUGUGGGACCGGAAUAGUGUGACGGGGGUGGGUUCUUGGCUUAAGCGAUACGAGGCGUGCGCUGCUAUUAUUUGGGUUGAUAGAGUAGGUAUACUUGUGUCACUUACACAAUCUUAAUGGUACUUCGUAGGUUAUGGAUCAGGCAGGUGACGGGACUUGAUAGCUUUAAACAUCCGUAGUGGAUGGUUGCGUGCGAAUAUGCCAAAAAUGAGGUACUGCUGCUAAGCAAGUUGGAAUAGUGAGACUGCAUCGAUUGCCAUACUUUCGAUCAAGGCAAAGGAAGGUUUCGUAGUGAUUUGUCUAUGUGGCUGCCGCCUGUGCAAGAUUAUGCAAAUGCAAAUGCAAAAUCGAUUGUUUGAUUCAGGCU